AUGGAUCUCCUCACUCUUGCAAAGAAGCAGCUCUCUGCGAGUAAACUUAUCUUUCACGUCCUAUUUUGGGGCGUGCACUGGGGCUUUUUUGCUUAUGGAUGGUGGAAGCAAAAUGCCGACACGAAAUUAGCGGCCCUCAACAUGCUGCAGUACUCGGUGUGGAUAUCGCGAGGUGCUGGCUUGGUCUUGGCCAUUGACGGAACACUGAUUCUAUUCCCGGUAUGCCGAACGGUAGUGCGAUGGAUAAGACCGAAGAUCAGAUGGCUCCCUCUAGACGAGAACAUCUGGUUCCAUCGCCAGGUCGCCUAUGCCAUGCUAAUUUUCACCAUCCUCCAUGUCUCUUCGCAUUACGUCAAUUUCUUCAACGUGGAGAAGACCCAGCUCCGACAGGUCACCGCCGUCGAGAUCCACUACACCCAAGCCGGCGGUGUUACUGGCCACGUCAUGCUCCUCUGCAUGCUGUUGAUGUACACCACCGCGCACCACCGCAUCCGCCAGCAAUCGUUCGAGACCUUCUGGUACACGCACCAUCUCUUCAUCCCCUUCUUCCUCGGACUUUACACCCACGCUGUCGGCUGCUUCGUUCGUGACACGGUCGACCCCGUAUCUCCCUUUGCCGGAGACUUCUUCUGGGAGCACUGCAUCGGUUAUCAGGGAUGGCGAUGGGAGCUGUUUGCUGGAGCUGGUUACUUGGCAGAGCGUCUUUACCGUGAGAUUCGGGCUAAGCGCUUGACCAAGAUCACGCGAGUCGUUCGUCAUCCAUAUGACGUCGUGGAGAUCCAGUUCGAAAAGCCGUCUUUCAAGUACAAGGCCGGCCAGUGGCUGUUCUUGCAAGUCCCCUCAGUCUCCAGCUACCAAUGGCACCCGUUCACCAUCACGUCCUGCCCCUACGACCCGUACGUCUCCGUGCACGUCCGACAAGUCGGCGACUUCACCCGCGCACUCGGUGACGCCGUCGGUGCGGGUGGCGCCCAGGCGAAACUCUACGAAGGCGUCGACCCGAUGGGCAUGUACGAGGUCGCCCUCCAGAACGGCGAGCAGAUGCCCCUCCUCCGAAUCGACGGCCCCUACGGCGCCCCCGCCGAAGACGUGUUCGAGAACGAGAUCGCCGUCCUCAUCGGCACCGGCAUCGGCGUCACGCCGUGGGCGUCCAUCCUCAAGAACAUCUGGCACCUGCGCAACAGCCCGAACCCGCCGCGCCGCCUCCGCCGCGUGGAGUUCAUCUGGGUGUGCAAGGACACGGGCUCGUUCGAGUGGUUCCAGACGCUGCUGUCCUCGCUGGAAAGCCAGAGCAACGAGGCGGCGCGCAUCCCCGGAAGCAACGGCGUCGAGUUCCUCAAGAUCCACACGUUCCUCACGCAGAAGCUCGACAUGGACACGACGCAGAACAUCGUCCUCAACAGCGUCGGCGCCGACCACGACCCCCUGACCGAGCUCAAGUCCCGCACCAACUUCGGGCGCCCCAACUUCCCGAGGAUAUUCGACGGCAUGCGAGAGGGUAUCCUGGACCGCACGUACAUCAAUGGCCUCGAGGGCAGCAUGCAGACGACUGUCGGUGUCUAUUUCUGCGGUCCUUCUGUAGCUGCUCGUGAUAUCCAAAAAGCGACGAGGGCAGCGACUACGAAGGAAGUGCGCUUCCGGUUCUGGAAGGAGCAUUUCUAA